AUGACAUCAACACAAACCACACUUGAAUCCGAAACAUUGACAGCUCUCUCCAAGUUAGACAGUCUCGUGUCAGCAGCUGGCAAAGUAUUCACCGCAUUGGCUUCAUAUUCAUUAGACAAUAGCACCGCAGAGGGGAGUUUUACAAAAUUAAAGGAAUCAUUAGUAGAAUAUCAGGCACUGGAAGUAGGGUUGAAAGAAAUUGUUCGUUCAAUUGAGAGUAAAAGAAGAAGUGAAGAUGAAAAAGAUACGAAUGAGAAAUCAAAUGGGCCACCCAGCAACCAGAUAAUACAAAUGGAGACAGCGUCAGAAGAAGUAACCAAGCUCACUGAACAGAGAGAUAGUUUACAAGAGACAGCACAACUGUAUACUUUACAAUUGACUAAUAUACUUGAACAAAGUUAUAAAUUACAGUUUCAUCUACAAACACUCUUAGCAUGCAGUGAAGAACCUGUAGCGGUUCAAGAAGACAACGCGUGA